AUGCCUCGAUUGAAAGUACAGGUGGGCUCCGACCGCUUCCACGAGGAAGAAUGUCGCAUCAACGAUACCAAUCGACCCCACGAGAUCGACACGGAGCAUUUUGUUGGUCGCAUUCUGGUUCGCAUCAUCGAUGCUCCCGGCGCCAAGCCAGGCGAAGCGGGCCGCGAAUACUUCGAGGGCCGUUCGCGCAAAUUUUGCAUUCAGAUCGAAGGCAGGUUCAAGCAGCGAUGGAGCGGUAAUGACAUUCUCUUCGGAACCGACUUCGACAGGUUUGUCGACUUUCCUCGUGCUCCCUUCAACGCCGGUAUGAGGGUGGCCAAGUACAUUGACCCUUGCACCUUUUACGAGCUUCAUCCGGACUCUGGGCGACCUUACAUCAUGUCGCCUUACAUAGCUUGCAUGAACACGUUUUGUGCUUGGCCAGCCCCUUCCCGCGCCCAUGAUGCUGUCGUGGUGCUCCGUCAUACACAUCGAGGCAACACUCCGGACAGCUCUCGUGCACCUACCCCCAUUAUCGACCCCGAAAAAUCAAAUCACAACCCGCAAAAUGCGCUUGUUGCCAGUCCAAAUGCGAGCGACAAUGAGGACGAAGGCGACAUUGUACCUCGCGAAUCGCUCGAUCGUAGCCACAGCCUCAGCAAAAAGAAUGGUGAGGCUGCGGUGAAGAAGAAGAAGGGCUGGUUCGGUGGUCUGGGGGCUGGUAGCGCUCACCAAAAGGAGGAGCGUAUUUUGAAAAAGUACUGGCGAUUCGUUGGCUUCAAGGACGACCCGCGCGUUCGGGCACUGCUUGAAGCUCACCACGCCAAGCUCCACGACGGGAACAGUCGCGUUGACUCGAGCGCCGAUGCUAGCCGCUUGACCGAGACCCACUCCGUUGCACGUCAGGGAAGUGUCGCCAGUGUCAGCUCCAACGAUGUGCAGCAUGGUCCAGCUGGUCAGACGCUGUCCUACCUCGGAAUCGGUAAGAGAGCCGAAUUGGAUCGUACACCGGAUCGAGCUCUCACUCCCAAUCAUGGCUAUGCUGGCGAAGAGAUGCCUUUGUCUCCGCGUGUUGGUAGUGGAAACUUCAACGACAUUGGUGCUCAUGAUAUUGCUGCUGCUCCUCCUGCGGAUGUAGACGAAGCUGAGGAAAACAGUGGACCUGCUCUGGUCGCACCGAUACCCAAACAUGGUGUCACUGCCCCGCUCGAUGAUGCGGAUGCACUCCUUCCGUCAUCGACUAUGCCCAAAGCGUCCACUGACCAAGCCACUUGCAAACCGGAAAUGCCCAACUUGGAACGUAUCGCCACCUCGGUUCGUCACGAGAUGGAAGAAUCCGCCAAGUCAGAUGGCCUCAAAGACGGCGACUUUAGACUGGCCGACAUGCUCUCGCACGCUUCCAUCAGUCGUAGCUCGUCCGCUCAAGGUUGCUCUAAUGCCAGAGUUUCCAAGCUCGACGAGCAACUCGGACCGUGGCGAUUUGUCGACCCUGCCACAGACAUGAUCGAAGACAACGCGUUUAUCUUUACAACGCAGUCGUUGCCCGUUCCGCGACGUCGAAAGCAUUUCGCUUCGGAGAAGAACCGUCUGGACUUCCAGUACGACCCAGACGUUGUGUACGGCGCUUCUUUCUUCACUGAUGCGAUGGAUUUCAAUACCUUCAACCUAGGUAUCGGACCGGUCAAGUUGAACGUGGCAAGGUGGUUUAAGGAUAUGCCGGUGAGAUAUACGUUGAGAAGUACCAAGGAUGAGAAUCUCGUGUUUGCUACCGUCAGCUUUCAGCUUGUAGAUGAAUAG